AUGAAGGAGAAUAUUCAAAAAGGGGAAGUAAACAGGGACACGACGAGGAGGGACAACAACGGCAGUAGCAACAGUCAUAGUGACCUAAAUCAGCACAAUGGGGUAAACUCGAAGACGCGAAAUAAUAAUGGAAACGCCCUAUCCUUAAGCAACAUUUAUUUUUAUAGCAGCUUCGAUGAUAACUUUGACGAUAAGUAUGAUUACUUUGAUCAGGACGCCCCCAGUGCGGGACGGCCCUCCGGGUGUGAGGCGAAGGAAAGCGUGCACCCUGGUGGUAGGGAAGUGAAGCAGAGUGAGCAGAGCGAAGAGGGCACUCAAGGAGGUUCACCCCAAGCAGCAGAUGGUAACCCCAAUGCACGUACCCCCAGAAAGACAAACCGUACUGUGGAAAAUAUCCCCGAGGAGCUGUAG